GUGUCUAUUGCCGGACAGGCUGAAGGUGUGGAAAGUGCAAGAGCCCAGAUCCGGCAAUUGCUUCCACUGGUGUUCAUAUUUGAGCUGCCAGUUACAGGGGUACUACAGCCUGCACUGGACCCUUCAUCUCCCACCGUACGGCACAUCCAGCAAACCUAUGACAUACAGGUUUCUUUCAAGCCUCGAGUUGGGGUGUACACGACGCUAGUCAUGGUGCGCGGUUCAGUCAACAAUUCACAGAAUGUGAAGGAUGGUACAGCAGCGCUGCUAGAACAUCUCACGGGCAGGAAUGGCCCGACGGUCCCGGUGAACGUGCAGCUCGAGAUCUCACCGCAGCAUCACCUGUUCGUGAUCGGUCGCGGCGGAAUCAACAUCAAGCAGAUCAUGCAGCAGACGGGCGCCAGCAUCCACUUCCCCGACCCGAGCAACAUGACGCAGCAGCGCAAGAGCACGGUCUUCAUCACGGGUAACAUCGAGAGCGUCUGCGUCGCCAGGGAGAUGAUAAUCCGCUACCUGCCACUCGUGCUCAUGCUUGACAUGAAACAUGAGAGAGACAUCGAUCCGACCUGGCUCGCGCGGCUCAUGGAGAAGCUAGAUGUGUUUAUCUCCGUAAAACCAAAGCCCAAAACCUCAAGCAAGUCUGUGAUAAUCAAAGGUGCAGAAAAGAAUUCCGCCCAUGUCUAUGAAGCUCGCUGCCAGCUUAUCGCGGAAGCUGAGUGUGAUAUCCCCCAGUCGUCGUCGCCACCGAUUCCGGUCAGCUUGCACACUAACAGACAACAACUUCUUGUAUCUCAGCGGACUACAACACACUGUUUGAUAGACCAGAAUCUGUUGAACUUCUCGCCGCCAUACCCACGCUCACACAGCCCCCUGAGCCCUCUACCUAGUCCUAACCCACUUAGCUGGAGCACGGCCUUGACUGACCAUGCGUAUCCGGCCGCUCUGAUGUUGGUGAAUCCGUACAAUCAGCUGAGGCUCAUUGAUAAGAACGGAAGCGGCGGCAGCGGCAGCAUCAGCCCCUGCGAGAGCCCUGUAGAUCGUAUGGCCAAGAUCAGCCCUGAGAAUUCAUAUGCUGGAAAUACCAACACGAACCGGGACAAGUCACUGGGGCUUGUUGACAUGGUUCUACCCAGGAAGUUGUCGCCCGCAGAUCCGAUGCCUAGCAGUAGUGUCCUUAAUGGCACAGCAACGUCACAAGCAUCAGUGUUGCUGGAUACUGCAGCCCACCAUGCCAGGCUGGAGUAUGCUCUCAGGAACAGAUCAUUCCACCCACAUCCCUGUGACACAUCUGGGGUAGCCAACAACCAGGGUGAACAUGACUGCACCGAUGAUCCGUCCACUUUGCCGUUCGACUAUGAACACAAAAAGUUAAUGGCAACCAAAGCGAUGCAGAAGAAGCCGGUGGGAUCUGAGUCGAGGACACCCACAGACACGUGGUCUGGUCUCGGUUUCUCCAAGUCCAUGCCAGACGCAGUCAUCCGCGAGAGACUAGGUGUCAAGGCGCGCUACAAUGGACCCAGCAUGGAGACGACGUACGAGAAUGGGACUAGUGAGACAGAAAAGGAGAAAGAUCCAUGGAAUCAAGAGACCAGCAUCGGCAGUGGUAACCAGCAGCAACAAAUGGGAAUUUCGGCUGCACCCGGCGAAUUUCCAGCGUGUCCAUCUCGCCUGCGAAGGCGUAACUAUGAGUUCAGCUUGAGUAGCAGUAACUACAUUGAUAGUGUGACACUGCCCAAGGCUGGUGUAUGGUCAAUCGAGAACAUGAAUACCAAAGCUGACCUGCCAUCAUUACUUACUAAACUCGGUUUAGGAAAAUACUCGGACUUGUUUCAACAACAAGAGAUCGAUUUGACUACGUUCGUGACCUUGACUGAUCAGGAUCUCAAGGAGCUCGGCAUCACGACGUUCGGCGCACGGCGGAAGAUGCUGCUGGCCAUCUCCGAGAUGAGCAGCAAGAGGAAGCAGCCGCUGUCGCCCGUCGUCGGCGAUGGCAGACCGUCGUCCAUUGUGUCCAGCAGUGCAUCGCUGACCACCCCGGCCAUACUGCACACGGCCAAUGGCCUCCGAACAGCGACCGCUCACAGCAUGUGGUGAGCAGGACGGUCAGGAUGGACUGGCACAGCGUGUGGUUGGCAGUAGAAGAUGGAUGCCAUGGACUGGCACAGCGUGUGGUUGGCAGUAGAAGAUGGAUGCCAUGGACUGGCACAGCGUGUGGUUAGCAAUGCAGGGCAGUCACGAUGGAUUGCAACCUAGCUGCACAUCGUACGCAGAUGACACCUUGCCACGAGACCAUGACAUGUGGACACGUGGAUUGCACGGGACUGCCACGCUCUGAGCCUACUAGCAGGGUAUACAGGAGAGAAGUGACCUCGGUGUGAGGACAUGGUCACAGGUGGCGCUGGUCGCAAUCGAAGAGAGGAACGCCGCCUCGUUGGGUGCAGACAAUGCAUGCGGAAGAUCCUAGCAGGCACAGGAAACUCUUGCUGGCAGAGUCGAAGAUUUCUUAUAGUUAAGGCGCAAGCCGGUAUGUUUGACUGCGUUCGUGGACAUGGUAGGUAGUUGCAUCUGCAGUGAUGCUUUUAUAAUGUUUACCCUGCUGUAGUGUUAUGAGUGACAGCCGAUUCGGGUGCCUCCAUGUCUUGGCAUACAUCUCAAUAAGCUGUCUGUGUUCGGCUGUGCAUCGACCGAGUGUAUUGUUGUGCCUCUGUACUACCUGAGUGAUAAGCUGUUAUAUACCAAAGGUUUGUAUUAUGUGGUUGAAUACCAAAGGUUGUAAGUGAUUCAGGUUCACUUAGGUCGGCGUAAUCCUGUUGGGUUUCACGAUAGUAUCAACAAUGGUUGUGAACUCUGUUGGUUUGAAUUGGUACUACCAGAAAAGUAAGUGCAUUGCAUUCAGAUUGCAAGUGCAAUGCACGCUUCAAAGCCAGUUACUGUACUCACUCAUAGCUGGAGAAAAAUUGGGACUUGUGUGAGUCCCAGGAUGCUGGAUAUUAAUUGAUGAUGCUUAAGGACCAAUCAUUGAUUUUGCAUUGCCGAGUGGUGUAAUGCUUGCAGGUUUGUUGUGUUUUGGUACUUUUUACACUUCUUUGCCUUCAAUUAAGUCACGGCAUGCACGCUUACGUGCGCGUGUGAUUUCCAUUUGGCAGCUUUUCAUGUUGUCCACUUCGAACAGUUGGGAACAUUGUCACGUCUAACGACGGUAGAGAUAUGUCAUCGACAAAUGUGAUCCUAUCUCUGUAAGAAGAUAUAUUUUUAAACGUGUUGACUGGGAAGUGUGUCACUGCUUGUUUGAUUGACACAAUGUGCCUUUGCCACCCGAGCCUUUGUCAAUAGCUGUGACGCUGCCUCUUCUCUGUGUUAAAACCUGACCCCUGCUGCAUUCGAUCUCUUACUCGUUUGCACACUAGUAUGCUAUGUAUGUGUAACUUUGACGCACGUCGUGUCCAACAUUUUAUAGACGAAGGCAAACAAACGUGCACUUUAUAUCUUGUUGUGCUCUCUCACGUGCAAAGGAAGGAUGUAUAGGCGGAGUGACUGUGGGCAUGGGACUGGGAAAGUAAAGAAAGAAGAGCAUACGUGCGUGCGCGUGUGCCUGCUUGAGUAAGAGUGAGUGAGUGAGAUAGUGAGUGAGUGAGUGAGUGAGUGAGUGAGUGAGUGAGUGAGUGAGUGAGUGAGUGAGUGAGUGAGUGAGUGAGUGAGUGAGUGAGUGAGUGAGUUAGAGAGAGAGAGAGAGAGAGAGAGAGAGAGACAAGAAAGAAUUCGAUGGUGAAAAGGAAAUGAUUGAAAGAAGAAAAAAGUGUAAGUGUGUGCAACCUUAACGUGUUUUACUCGACAGGCAUUUUAUGUUGAUCUAGUUUAAUUACACUUGACCGCACUCCUCCAGGCGAGGACAAGCACACAGAGAACAAAGUUUACUUAUUGACGUUGAUAUAAAUUGAAACCUUUAUUUAGUGAUUCAUAAUUUAAUACUUAUGGAAGCUGCGGUUUUCGUUUUUUAAAGUUUCGCGAUGGUAGUUCGACACCUAGUAGAAAUGUGUGCUGUCCUCCUCUCGAUUAUCUUGUCUUGCCCUUCGGCUGGUAUGUAUAAUGUUCAAAAUUCGUUAUCAAAUUAUGACAGUAAAUGUUAAAUGUAGGAAGAAUCUUCAAUUUAUUAAGAGUUUCAGAGUACUCCUAUUGUAACCUAUGAUGUAAAAUCAUUUCAUUAGAAAACAUUCACGUUUAAGUUGCGAGCCAGCAACGUGAAAUUGUUUUUAUUUAAACAAUCCUUAAACCUGUUUAAAUUUCCACAUAACAUCAAAAAACUUUAAAGUGAUUAAUAUUUAUAGUUGAAAUGAUAGUUCACUUCUGAUAGCAGUGGCAGAAUAGAGAGUGAGGUAUGGGUACAUGAUUUUUCCUAUUAAAUUGUCAAAUGUGAAUUUUUACAAAGAAAACAUGAACAUAUAUCACUCGUGUGUCACCAGACAUGUAGGGGGUACGUUAGUGCAGUUGGUCUUUCAGAGUUUAUGGUGCCAAAUAAGCUCCUACAUCUAAAUUACUGUGAACUGGCCGAUAAGGUAGUGUGACUCCAAGAUGAUAGAAACGCUGAGACAGCAUAUAGUUAAUAACCUUACCAGCACUUACCAGUCUGUCAUUAAUGGACAGACGUAUCCCGUAUGUGAAUGUGUGGCUUCAACUCACUGUAAAUACUCUGUUGCUCAAAGUGUAUUUUUGAUAAUUUAUAUUUUCAAUCAAAAGUGCAUUGUAUGCACAAUAGCAUGUCUGUGUAUGUUUGUGUGUGCGUGCGUGCUUGCGUGCGUCUGUGUGUGUGGGCGUAUGUGCAUGCUUUACAGGGUAUUUUUUGAACACCUGCACAGUACUUAUAGUUUGUGUACCACAUAAUCAUAGUUUUACGGAUUGCUUCCUGCUGCAAAGGAUUUCGUAUCGUAUAGUAAAUUCAUAGUAGAUCUUUUAUCGCACGGUGCCUUAUUAGAACCAAUGUAAGGUUGAUUUUGUCGCUGCGAUGCUCAAGCAACACAUCUAUGGACAUUAGCAUCACAUUUUCUUGCAUUCUCGACUGAUGCGAUAACACAAUAAUAUGCCGGCUGGCAUGAAGGUGACAAUUUCCAACUACGAACGAGGCUUAUAUCGAUGAAUUAAUUACGUAGUUGACUGUUGUUAUGUAAAUGUGCUCUAUGUCCUACGUGAGUGGCAUUACAGAAAAUAUUCGACUAUCCAAUAUAGAGCCAAGGUUAGUGCUAAUAGCUUAACUUGUCAGUGAACUGUAUGUAUCGUGCACCCGCUCACUGUUAUUCAUGUCCGUGUCAUAUCUCUCAAUUGUGCUCGACAGCAAUAGACGUUGAUUUGCAGCAUAAGAAUAAGUAGUAUGAAUAAUGCCUAUGUGCGUGGGAUUUUCAACUACCGGAGUGUCUGCAAGAGGAUAUUUUCAUUAGAUGAUCACUUCACAACGUACAAUUAGAUAAAACGACUAAGCCUACUAUAAGAGAUAACGUAAAUGAGAGGUAGUUCGCGAAAGGUGUUUUUAGCAAUACAAGGAUGAUGCAAUGAAUAUGAGGAGAUCGGGAGAACCCUUGUGAAAAAUGUAAAUACUGCAAGGCUUUUAGCAGAACAUGGGUAAUUACUUGAGUUUACUUUUCUUCUGUUCUUAAAACAUUAUAGUUCUUCAUAGGGUCCUCUCCGAUCUCCCUGGCAAUAAGACUUUCGUGAUGUGCGCGUGGGACUUGUAUUUAUUAUUAAGUUCUCGGAUAAAAGCACAAAGUCAGAAAUGUUAACAGGAUGAGGUUUAUACGUCACAAGUGCGCUUAUACACAAUUGUCACUAAUUAGUAUUUCCUAUUGGAGUAACUGGCGACAAUCUUGGCUCCCUGAAAUGAAUGGUAGUGGCAACGUAGCGGUGGUUGAGAGGUUGAGAUCGUCUAGCGUGGCAGGUAUUGUUAGCUGUGAUGUUAAGUUUAGUCUGUGCUAGGAACCAUUCUCAUUGAAGGUUAAGAAGUUUCCUUGCUGCGACACGCAAAGUGCCUCUACCCCGUUCAUUCCCCAUUGUAGGGUAGCUUUGUUUCGCCAGUUAGCUUGAAUAGAAGAAGAUCUACAGGUAUUGUAUUUGCAUGAUAUUUUUCAUACAACCUGAUUUUGGUCUUGACGAUGCACGUAUGUGGCAGUUGUAGUGUUUAUUCGAGAAACAGAGGUGGCACUUUAAUAUAGUUCAUGUUUGAAUUACUGUAUUGAAAAAUUUUGUAAUAUUGCUGGCAUGUUAUCAUCAGGAGUGAAUAAUAAUAGAAUAAUAAUAUAUUAUCUAUUAUUAUUCACUCCUGUUAUCAUGAGAGCGGCAGUGUGUAAGUAUAUUAUGCAUUCUGGUGCACAUUUGCAAUAUUGUCUAAUCACCUUGUUCUUCACUUCGUGUGUUUGUAAGAGAAAGAGUUAUUUGAAGUAAUUGUUGCAUAUAAUAAUGUUGUGUAUAAUUUUAAAUGUAGUGAGCGAUGAGGGCAGAUGUAUAGUGUAUCUACUGUGUGAACUAGUGAUCUCACUGCCCCACCUAUUCUCAGUUGUUUUAAUUAAAGAUUUUUAUCUGUUUGCAUGCUGUUUGUUUAGAGCUAGGUAAGAUUACAUUUUUAAGAAUCUCCAAUUUUAUGCAUAAUUUCUUGCACGUGAAAUGAGUCGGAUUUUUCCCACCUGCUCACUGUAAAAACACCCCUCGAUUUUCCUAGUAUAUACAACUGUUUAAACUGUUGCCGUGUGCCUUUAAAUUGAUGACGAUUUGUAAGUACAUCACAUUUUGAUGUUGCAUAACUUUAUGCCAAGUAUGAGUACAUUUUUUAUGUAUUUUUCUGUGGCCUUCAGCGUAAUACUCAAAAACAGCGAAAUGAUGCGAAACGGCAAUCGGCUGUGUGCUCCCACCUGGUAUGUUCACAUUAUGCCACGAGAAUGCUGUUUGAAGGGUUGCCACAGCGUUUUCUUUCUAGUCAGUUUGUAAGACACAUUUGAAAGCACAAACCACACACUCAGACAUACUAAUGGUGUAAAGGGAUAUUAUCGCAUUGCUAUUUUUGCAUUGCAUCUGGUCUCGUAUACUAGCAUCAUGUACUGAUGCUAGGAAGAGGAAGUUCAUUAAGGUUGCAAAGCUGGUUGGAAGACGACGUGCACGUUAUACGUCAGGAAUACUCUUCGAAGUAUAAAUAAUAUCUAGAACGGGAAAUUAUUGUAAAUUGGCUGUAAGCCGUACAUUGUAUUUCAUUGCAUCAAACCGAUGACAUUUACGUUGUUGGUGUUACUUGUGAAAACCAAAUUCUUGGCCAGCAGUCUGCAGAAAUUCUGGUGUUGUGCAGAAUUGCAUUUUCAAACAAAAAGCAAAUAUUUAUACCGUUAUUCUCAAAACUGCAGUGGUUCGAUCAUCAUCUUGUAGAUGUCAAUGUGUUUUUAUAUGUAGCAAACCAUCACUGGUUUUAAUAAAUAGUUUGCCACACUAA